AUGAGGUCUCACAUAUUGACCAUAUGCGUGGCAGGUCUGUUCUGGGGCGAGGCCAUGAGCAUCGUCAUCCCAGCACAGAACUCGACCAAGGUCAAGGUGCAGAUGGAGCACUUGAGUCUCAGGGCAACUGGACCCCUCGGUACGGCCAUUAGUCGAAAUAACUGGAAGGUUACCUGUGAUAGCGAUAACCCAGACUCAGACAACGCCUGCCAAAAGGCCAUCGACGGGGAUGUAAACAGCUUUUGGCAUACGGCUUGGUUUGAAGAUACAAGCAAAGACCCAACGCUUCCACACACACUCACGGUCGACAUGAAGACCGUCCAAAACGUCAAUGGCAUCUCUGCUCUCCCUCGACAAGACGGCACUACCCACGGAUGGAUCGCCAGCCACGACAUCUUCCUCAGCACUGAUGGAAAGACCUGGGGAUCUCCUGUUGCUACAGGAACAUGGUAUGCAGACGGCACCGAGAAAUUCUCCAACUUUGAGACGAAACGCGCUCGAUACGUGCGUAUUGUCGCCACCACCGAGGCAUAUGACGGUCCAUGGACGAGCAUCGCCGAGUUCAACGUGUACAAGGCUGCUUCUUACACCGCACCGAAAGCUGGAGUGGGAAUUUGGGGACCGACACUCGACUUUCCUAUAGUUCCCGUUGCUGGAGCCGUUGAUCCUGGGACCGGAAAGGUUUUGGUUUGGUCUUCGUAUUAUCACGACACCAUGAAUGGGUCUCCUGGCGGUAUGACAUUGACGUCUCUCUGGGAUCCAGAAACGAGCAUUAUCACACAGAGAGAAGUCUUUGAAACCAACCACGACAUGUUCUGCCCUGGCAUCUCCAUGGACGGAACAGGGCAGAUCGUUGUGACUGGCGGUAACAGCGCUGCAAGGACAAGCACUUGGGACCCUGUCAAGAACCAGUGGGUAUCGGGGCCCGACAUGAAGAUCUCCCGUGGCUAUCAAUCAUCCGCUACCACAUCAAAUGGCAAGGUCUUCACGAUCGGAGGCUCUUGGGCUGGCGGUGAAGACUUCAAACCUGGCGAAAUAUUUGAUCCAAGCUCGAGGAAGUGGACACUUUUGCAGAACGCAAAGGUCCAGCCUAUGCUCACGGCUGACGCCCAGGGACUCUUUCGUUCUGAUAAUCAUGCAUGGUUGUUUGGCUGGAAGGGGGAAACCAUCUUUCAAGCUGGUCCCAGCUCCGCCAUGAACUGGUACUACACCCAAGGCAAAGGAACUGUCAAGCCUGCGGGCAAGAGACAGACCAGCCGGGGAGUUGACCCAGACUCUAUGUGUGGCAACGCCGUCAUGUUUGAUGCUGUCAAGGGCAAGAUCGUCACAUUUGGUGGAACUCCCAACUACCAGGACUCUUACGCCACGACCAACGCUCACAUCAUCACUAUCGGCGCCCCUGGGACACAAGCCAAUGUGGCCUUUGCCAGCAGUGGCAUGUACUACCCUCGUGUCUUUCACACUUCAGUUCUCCUACCAGACGGCACAGUAUUCAUCACCGGAGGCCAAGAAUACGCCAUUCCAUUCGAAGACUCGACUCCUCAGCUUACGCCGGAACUGUACAUUCCUGAUAGCGACACCUUUAUCAAGCAACAGCCCAACUCUAUCGUACGAACCUAUCACAGCAUGUCGAUUCUUCUACCCGACGCAAGAGUCUUUAAUGGCGGUGGUGGGCUUUGUGGUGACUGCUCAACAAAUCACUUUGAUGCCCAGAUCUUCACUCCAAGUUACCUCUUGACCAAAGACGGCAAGCCAGCCACUCGACCAAAGAUCGUUUCAGUUUCGGCUACCACGAUAAAAGUCGGCGGUUCCAUCACCGUCACAACGGGUGGAGCUGUAAACACUGCCUCGCUGAUUAGAUAUGGAACGGCUACGCAUACUGUCAACACUGAUCAGCGUCGUAUACCCUUGACUCUGGCUGGUUCGGGGAAGAACAAGUACACGUUCAAAGUUCCUGGUGACUCGGGUAUUGCUCUGCCUGGGUAUUGGAUGCUAUUUGUCAUGAAUUCUGCGGGAGUGCCGAGCGUUGCGGCCACCAUCAAAGUCACUACUUAG